UCCCUUGACUUUACAGUAUAUAAAUGUCAGUUAGGGAAGCACAGUAACUCGCCUUUUCCACUUUUGAAUCUGGAACCGUUCUUUCUGCUUAUCUCUGGUUCCUGGGAUGGAGGCUCUGGGGAUAACUACCUUAUUCCUGGUGGUUUUCAUCUCCUGCCUUGUUUUCUCUGCUGUCUGGAAGAGCAGGAUGAAGAAAGAAAAGUUGCCCCCUGGUCCUACUCCUUUGCCCAUCAUUGGAAAUAUUCUACAGCUGAAAACCAACUACCUGGAUCAGGCUAUCCAUAAGCUCAGUCAGAAAUAUGGUCCUGUUUUCACAAUGUAUGUUGGAACGGAGCGUGUUGUGGUGCUGAAUGGCUAUGAUGCAGUCAAAGAAGCAUUAAUUGACCGAGCAGAUGAAUUUUCAGCCAGAGGGAAGUUGCCUUUAGCUGACAAAAUCAACAAGGGAAAAGGAAUCAUAUUUAGCAAUGGGGAAAGAUGGAAACAGCUCAGACGUUUUGCCCUCACUACCCUCCGCAACUUUGGGAUGGGAAAGAAAAGCAUUGAGGAAAGGAUCCAAGAUGAAACUCAGUAUGUCGUGGAAUACCUACAAAACACAAAGGAGAAACCCUUUGAUCCAACAUUCAUGCUCAGCUGUUCUACCUCCAAUGUUAUCUGCUCGAUUGUCUUUGGAAAGCGAUAUGAGUACAAUGACAAGAGAUUUCUAUCCAUAAUGGCCUCAAUGAAUGAAAACUUUGAGGUUUUUAGCUCUCCUUGGGGACAGCUCUACAACAUCUUUCCUUCUCUCAUGGACUUCAUCCCUGGGCCUCAUCAUAAAGUGGCAUCCAACAGCAACAAAAAUGCAGAGUUUGUUUUAGAAGAAGCUAAAGAGCAUAGGGCUACCCUGGACCCCAGCUCACCUCGAGAUUACAUUGACUGCUUCUAUAUUAAAAUGGAUCAGGAAGAACAGAAUGAUGCAUCUGAGUUCACAAUUGAGAAUCUAAUAUUCUGUGUGCUUGACUUGUUUACGGCUGGAACAGAAACAACCAGCACCACUCUUAGAUAUGGGCUACUGAUACUCCAGAAAUAUCCAGAAAUAGAAGCAAAAGUACAGGAAGAGAUUGACCAAGUUAUUGGUGGAGCACGAAAGCCUUGCAUGGCUGACCGUGGAAAGAUGCCUUACACAGAUGCUGUCAUCCAUGAGAUCCAGAGAUUCAUCUCGCUUGUUCCAUUGAGUGUUCCCCAUGCAGUUCUCAAAGACACAGUGUUCAGAGAAUAUGUCAUUCCCAAGGGUACCACAAUAUAUCCUGUUUUGACGUCAGUGCUAUGUGACACCAAAGAAUUUCGAAACCCCACAAAAUUUGAUCCACAACAUUUCUUGCAUGAAGAUGGGUCCUUCAGGAAGAGUGACUACUUCAUGCCUUUUUCUGCAGGCAAGCGAAUCUGUGCAGGGGAGGGCCUGGCCCGCAUGGAGCUUUUCCUGUUCCUGACCACCAUUCUGCAGAACUUCAAGCUGAAGCCCCUCACAGACCCGAAAGACAUUGAUAUUUCACCACAGAUGAGCAGUAUAGGUAGUCUUCCACGUUCCUAUCAACUCUGUGUUGUCCCACGCUGAAAACAUCACUUCCAGACUGCGGUGGUCCAGCACAUAAGCUGAUGUAAGAGAAACUGAGACCUUCUGUUUGGAUAAUAAAAGUAGAGAUACUAGAAAAAAACAAAAAAAAAAAAAACAAUUCAAGUACAGAGUUAAAACACAACAUCCAUUUCUUUCUUGGGACCUAAUUGGCUGCAUCUGAAUUUGUACACAUGCAUAGUUUUUAAGCUCUUUUGGUGUGUUUUAACUUCUUGAUUAUGCAAUAUUCUGUUCAUCAGUUUAAAUUAUUUUCCAUUGUUCUCCAUUAGACAUUAUUUUAAAUUGUUUUAACUUGGUAAUUUAUAUGGUGCUCUGAAAGUCUUAUGUAAAGAGAGAUUUGUAAACACUUUAAUAAAUAGAAUGAAUAUUCAUAUCCAGUAAAAGAUUCAUGAUAUAUUAUUGUAGGGAACCCAGUGAGGUGGUAAAUGAGCAUUGAGACUGAUGUAUAAAUAGAAAUGAUGUUCAUUGGAACCAGUGUGUAUUUGGUCAAGACUAAGGAAUGGCAAUGUGCAUUAUAGAGCCUGGUGUUCAUCAGGACACCUUUACAGUGUCCCAUUGUGCAUCUUCACAGUUCACUAGAGCCCUCAUCACAUUUAGCCCCCUAACAUGGGUAACAGAAGAGGAAUUCGCCAGGCAUUCCAGCGAAUCCGUGUGGCAGCGGGGGAAUCUGUCGCCCCAUGCCCCCAUCACCCGCAGUACCACCUUCCCCAUCACAUGGAGGAAAACAUAGCUGCCAAGCUUCCCCCUCCCCCCCCCAAUGCUGUCUCCAUUGCUGGCAACGAGAAUAUGGGAAGUCUCUUGUGUUCUUGCUCCAUCAUAGAAAGCUGAGAACACAGUUUCUGGAUGGAGCCCCACCGGAAGUAGCUGUGCAUUAUGUGAAGGGAUCUGCUGGGCUCUGUCCAGGACCUGUGAUCUCAGCAACCUAUGAUGGGUCUGAGAGCCCAUGUGAUGAAGUCAAAAGAGGGUUUCUUUGCACUUCUGUUAUGUAGCUAGAUAUACAGUUUGGUUUCCUCUUCUUCACUCACCAGAUCCCUUAUAUGCUCCUCUGUAAAUUGUGGAGGAAUGUUAGGAGAUAUCCACUACCACUGCCAAAAUGUAGAUUUGUAUGUUGUAAAUUGAAAACAUAGCAAGUAUUAAUUGGAAAGCCUAUCCAGUCUAUUCUGAACUCAAUUAUUUUCCAGUGCUAGCUUUGAUAAGAAAACUGAUUAAACUAUUGAAAUACUGAAAAUCCUCAGACAUUCUUUAGAGAAUUUUUAAAAGAGACUAGAUAGCCAUCUGUUGGGCAUGCUUUGAUUGUGUGUUUUUGUAUGGCAGGGGGUUGGACUGGAUGGCUCUCUUUCAACUCUAUAAGUCUAUUAUUGUAUCCAAUAAAUGGUCUUGCACUAGUUAAACAAUGCAUUAUAGAUAGGAAAUUCCUAAGAGAAAAUACAAUUUUUGGAACAAA